AUGCCAGCAGUUCAGCAAUUGUGUUCUCAGCUUCCUAAGCAAGCAGUGGGAGGUCCAGAAGCUCUUGCAACUCCUGUGAAACAGUUCAUGAGUGCUACCUCAAGAAUGAGUGUGCCCACUGAGCAGCCAGACACUGCCCCUCCUCCAGUGACUAAGAAAUCUCCAGAAGAUUUCAUCUUCAAGGAAAUUAUUGGAGAGGGAAGCUUCUCCACUGUUUAUCUCGCCAAAGAGUUAAAGACUGGCCGACAAGUGGCCAUCAAAGUAUGUGAAAAGCGACACAUUCUGCGUGAAAGAAAGAAGGAUUAUGUUCUUAGGGAAAAAGAAGUCAUGAACCUACUGAAUACAAAAAGGAAGGACUCUGUGCCCUUCUUUGUGAAACUGUACAGCACUUUCCAUGAUGCAGAGAAGCUUUACUUUGAAAUGUCCUAUGCUGCACGAGGGGAUGUUCUUCAAUAUAUUCGCAGGGUAGAGACCUUGGAUGAAGAGUGUUCAAAAUUUUAUGCCGGUGAAUUGCUUCAAGCUAUUGAACAUAUGCAUUCUCUGGGCAUUGUCCAUCGAGACUUGAAACCAGAGAACAUUCUCUUGAGUGAAACCAUGCACAUUCUAAUUAGUGAUUUUGGCUCAUGCAAGCUGAUGGAUCAUGUAGUGCCUCCAUCUCCAUCAUCUUCCUCAUCCUCUCUAUCUGACUCAGGAUCCUCAAAUCCACCAGGUCGAAGAGCAAGCUUUGUUGGCACUGCCCAGUAUGUCUCACCAGAAGUUCUUUCAGAUGACCUUCGGAGAGGGCGCAUUGUUGGCCCUCCUGCUGACUUGUGGGCAUUUGGAUGCAUUUUGUACCAGUUUGUCUCAGGACUUCCCCCCUUUCGAGGCCCAAAUGACUACAUCAUCUUCAAGAAGGUGCUUGCUUUGGAAUACCAGUUCCCAGAAGGGUUUCUGCCAAAUGCCCAAGAUCUUGUACAACAGCUGCUGAAGUUGGAACCCACUGAAAGACUGGGUGCCUCACAGGCUGGUGAUACUUACACCUCCAUCAAGAAUCACCCCUUCUUUAAUGGAGUGGAUUUUGACACCUUAUAUUGUCAGACCCCUCCAAAGAUCUUGCCUCACAUGCCUGGGACCACUAGUGAAGAUAUGCGAAGUUCAAUGUUACAGGAGGAUGAAGGGGAUGAUGAGCAUCUGCAGACAGGACUAGACACUAAGCGUGAGAUGCUUCUUAGAGUUGGUUCAGCAGGAUUCAGCAAUGGUAAGAAGCAGCCAAGUCCCACACCAUCAGCAACAAAAUCCUUGAAAAAAGGCAUAAUGGAUUUCACAAUGGAAGAACGACAGGAACGCCUUGUGCAGCAAGCAGCUAAUAAUUCCUGGCAUCGGUUUGUUGAUGGGAAUCUGAUCUUGAAACAAGGCUUCUUAGAGAAGCGGAAGGGACUUUUCCCAAGACGGCGGAUGUUCCUGCUAACAACAGGACCUCAUCUUUUCUAUGUUGAUCCAAAUAACAUGGUGCUGAAAGGUCAAGUUCCUUGGAGUUCAAAACUUAGAACUGAAAUCAAGACCUUCAAGAUUUUUUUUAUUCACACUCCUAAUCGCACAUAUUAUUUGGAGGACACUGAAGGUUUUGCUCUGAAGUGGAAAGAUGUUCUUGAUGAAGUUUAUCGUUAUUAUUUUGGAGAUGGCGCUUGA